AUGGCAAAAGGCGUUAUUCAAAAGGGCAGGAGAGGGCCAUCAAUACAUUCCCGCGCCGCCCGCCGGGCGACUUCCCCUAGUAUUAACACCGACAGGUCCCUCAAAAAUGCCCAGCUACCACAAGAAUCUGUCGACCGGCGUCCGACCGUGCUCGCGACCCAUCAUGCCAGCGGCAUCACCAAGAAGGCCAAGUCGGGCCGCAAAGCAAUGUUAAGUAGCAAAGCGCGGCGGCGACAGGAGAAAAACAUGGACCGCGCCGAGGCUAUUAUGGAUCGCACAGCGGUUAAGGUACAAAAGAGCAAGGGCCACGCCCGAGUCAUUCACUCGCGUAAGAAGACCUGGGACGAGAUCAACAAAGACGCCUUUGACCACGAGGAACCCGUCAAAAUCAGCAAGAAGGCCCAGGCCAAGAUGGACGAAGAUGCCAUGGUCGAGGCGUUUUAUGCGGAUGAUGGCGACGAGGAAAUGGCCGGGGCAGAGGAGGUUGGGGAGGUCGUUAGCGUUUUGGAGGCGGCGCCUAUCGCUGGCCCGGUUUCGGCAACUGAACAGGAAGAGGAAAUUCUGUGA